GGGGGGCGGUGCCGCACGUCACCGGAAACAGGAAGUGGAUGAAAGAAACAACCGUUGAUAUGUAACACCUCCAUAUACAUUCGUGAAGAUUCCCCAUAUUUACCCUAAAAUGCGACAGUUUGGCUUCUCCCUCCUGCGCCACAUCUCUUCCCUCCCCUCCUCGUUCACUGUCCCCUCAGCAUGCUGCCUCCACCAAAGGGUCUUCACUGGUUCCCACACCUGUUACCAGAGCACCAUCGCCGGUCACAGCUGCCAGCAGCACAGGAGGGCUGUGAGCAGCUCAACCCUCAGGCAGCACAUACAGGACCUGAGUGGGCCUGAGCAGAGACUGUUGGAUAAACUGUACAAAGGGCUGAUCGGAGGACAGCGGGCGUCUCUGGCUGAGUCCAUCACUUUGGUGGAGACCCAGCAUCCCAGGAAAAAAGAGCUGGCCCAGGUGCUGCUGCAGAGGGUGCUUGCCUACAGGAGGGAGCAGGAGAGUCGUAAUGGGGGGAAGCCGGUGGCCUUCAGAGUAGGUCUGUCCGGACCUCCAGGAGCAGGGAAGUCGUCCUUCAUUGAGGUGGUUGGGAAGAUGUUGACAGAACGUGGACAUAAAGUUUCCGUGCUGGCUGUUGACCCGUCCUCCUGCACUACAGGAGGGUCUCUGAUGGGUGAUAAGACUCGUAUGACUGAACUCUCCAGAGACAUGGAUGCUUUUAUCAGGCCGUCUCCGGCCUCAGGAACACUUGGUGGAGUCACCAGAACAACUAACGAGGCCGUUGUCCUCUGUGAGGGAGCGGGAUAUGACAUUGUCCUGGUAGAGACCGUAGGUGUCGGCCAGUCAGAGUUUGCAGUGGCUGACAUGGUCGACAUGUUUGUGCUGCUGAUUCCACCAGCAGGGGGCGACGAACUCCAGGGUAUCAAGAGGGGCAUCAUCGAGAGGGCCGACUUGGUGGUGGUGACGAAGUCGGAUGGAGACCUGUUGGUGCCAGCCAGGAGGAUCCAGACUGAAUACACCAGCGCACUCAAGCUGCUCAGGAGACAGUCCAAGUCCUGGAACCCUAAGGUGGUGCGCGCCUCCUCAUACACCAACGAGGGCAUCCCAGACGUCUGGGCCACGAUAGAGUCGUACCGGGACGCCAUGCUAGCCAGCGGUGAACUGCAGGGCCGGCGGAGGGCUCAGCAGAGGAUUUGGAUGUGGACUCUGAUCCAGGAGAACGCCCUCUGCCAUUUCCAGAAUCACCCCAGGGUCAGAGAGGCUCUCCCCCACCUCGAGGAGAGGGUCACCAAAGGAGCCAUCUCCCCAGGCCUGGCUGCUGACCUGCUGCUCAAAGCCUUCUCAUCUGCAUUACCAUAGUCAUCAGUGGGACUUGCACUUAUGGAUGCUUCAUGGCUGAUCGGGGCAACUCAAUGCCAAGGAAAAGCCAGGACAGAGGGAGAAUAUGUGACCGUGACUCUUGUGCUUUGCACAAAGAAAAGCAGCAGUCUUGCUCUUUUUACACUUCAUUUGAAAUUUAAAACACCUAAGAUAGAAGUCACCCCCUCCUCUGAAACUUCACAGUCUGAAUACCUUUAAUCCAAAUCAGCAGUGGGAAGAGAGUGCUGACAGUUGUCACUUCUCACCGGCCGCUUCAAGACACAUACACAUUUGGACGGUGGACGGCAAAAUGAAACUGCUAUGUGAUAUGAAAAGUUGCACUGAAGCAGAUGCUGGGAUUGUCUUCUUGGACCAAGACACGACAUAUGAACAGUUUUAAGUGAGACUGUAAAGGCCAUGUUGUUACUUUUGGAGUUUGGGCUCCAAAUAAUACCCAUCAUACCUCUCACUUGUACAAUCAGGGUCAUUGCAUGGUGUGUGUGUGUGUGUG